UGGCACUUUAAACACAGCUUUCUGGGACGUUGUGUUAUAAUACCUCGUCAUAGUUCCUCACAUAUAGUUAGCAAGAGGAAAAACACCGGUGAACUGACGUCGUCAAAAGACUGCGCUUCUAAAAUGACGAACUGCGUUAUUUUCCAGACCCAGCUGGCCUCUAUCAUGGAUUUGCUGGUUAAGGCGGCUGUUGCGGACAUUAGCAAACUCUUCGAGGAGCGCUGCGCUUUCUGGCGCUUGGAGGUUUCGUGCCAACAGAAGGAGAACGCAGCUCUGAAGAAGAAGCUGCAGCGGGUGGAGAGCGAGCUGAGGGCGGCCCGCCCACGCGCCAAGGGCACGAGACCCGGCGCGCGGACAGCUGCCGUUCAAAACAACCAGGAUCCAGACAUGGAAGAGAACUGGCCUCAGCCUCUUUGUGUCAAAGACGAAAGACUUAAGGAAGACUUUGCAGAAACUGUCCGACAGAGGAAGCCAGAAAUCAGUCAUGAGGAAUCUCGAGUCAUCGUCGGCGAUAAAGCAGUGCUGCCAGAGAAAGAGCAGUGCGAUCAACAACUGGUUGUAUCUACAGAAAUCACCCAGCAGUUCACAGAACGGCACCUAACCAGACUGAGUGAGGAGCACCUCAAUAGGCUGGUGGCGACCUGCAAGUCAGAAGUGGAAUAUGAGUUUCCUACCCAAUGUUUUAAUCAGACAGCAUUUUUGCAUGGUCCAACAAAGAGUCUGUACUCACAGAAGUCUAUUCUGGAAGCAAGAAAUACUUCAGUUCCAGGUUACUCGAACACUCGAGAGGAGACAGAAGAUCAGUCAGCAUCGAUAAGACUAAAUCUUGCUCGUACUUCUGAGGAUAGCGACAGAGUGUCUUGCUUGGGUUUCCCAGAUAUGAAAUCAGAAGUUGUCACAGUCCAAUCUGCAACCAUUAAAGACGAGCUUGAAAUGUUGUCUACCUGUAGUGGUGAGGCAAGGAUAGAGGUGGUUCGUAUACAGCCUGUUUGGUACAGUCAAGGCAAAGAGAAAGAGGUAAUGGAGCCAGAAAAUGAUGGACAAGAUUUUAAAAAAGAUCCAGCUGUGCAGCAACAUCUGUAUGCAGCAAGACACACACAGCUUACGGGGAACUGCAAUUCAAACAAGUUCAACUUCACUCUGUCACGUGAAAGAGAAUGCCAUCUCCACAAUGAAAGUCUUCCUUCGUUGAAAAGCAUUAAGACCAACCAAAGACCUGAUACAGGAGAGAGACGUUUUAACUGUACGCACUGUGGGAAGAGUUUCACCCAGCGAGGUCAUCUAAAAAUACACCAGCUGAUUCACACUGGAGAAAAACCAUUCAGUUGUACUCAGUGUGGGAAAAGGUUCACUCAUGUCCAUGUUCUCAAAAGACAUCUCAGCAUCCACACUGGUCAUAGGCCAUACAGCUGUAGUCACUGUGGGAAAAGCUUCUCUCUGAAAGACAGCUUAAGAAGGCAUAAGCGAAUUCACACCGGAGAGAAACCGUACAUAUGUAUGUACUGCGAGAAGCGAUUUACUCAGGGAAGUCACCUGAAAAUUCACCAGCUAAUCCACACUGGUGAAAAGCCAUUUAGUUGCACUCAGUGUGACAAAAGUUUUACUCAGUUGCAUGUUCUCAAAAGGCACCUGAGUGUUCACACUGGAGAGAAACCAUAUAUUUGUAUGCAGUGUGGGAAAAAAUUUACUCUGCAAGAUAGCCUGAGAAGACAUCUGAGAAUUCAUACUGAAGAGAAUCUGCUGUUUUCUGAACAGUUGCACAGUAAUGACGUAUUUCGGGAACAGCAGCCAACAUGAAUUCGUAGUUUUUAAAUAGAUGUUGUAUAUCUAUUAAUCAUUAUACAUGGUCAUUUUGCAUUGGAGAACUGUUGUUUGUAUCAGUAUGUUCUUGUUAUGUACAAAGGAAAAACUUGCAUUUUGAAUUUAAGAAAGUAAAAUUUGUACUACAUCUGUGGUAAACAGUGUUAAGGCAAAGAUGUUUAGAUUUUGAGCAUUCUCAGCUCCUGUUUACGAAGGAUGGACAAGCUAAACAUAGUACAGCAAUCAGCCACUACAUUAAAACCACUGACAGGUGAAGGCUCUGGGCAAUGUUCUGCUGGGAAACCUUGGGUCCUGGAAUUCAUGUGGAUGUUACUUUGACAUAUACCACCUACCUAAAGAUUGCUGCAGACCACGUGCACCUCUUCAUGGCAACGAUAUUCCCUGAAGGCAGUGGCCUCUUUCAGCAGGAUAAUGCGCCCUGCUACACUGCAAAAAUUGUUCUUGCAAUGGUUUGAGGAACAUGACAAAGAGUUGAAGGUGUUCAGUUGGCCUCCGAAUUCCUCAGAUCUCAAUCCGAUCGA